AUGGCUGACCGACGACGCAUCAACGGUCCUGGAGGUGUCACAAUACCUCCGGUAUAUGAGGCGGAUGAAUCUUCCGUCACAAGUCGGACACGACCUCCGAAUAGUGUUCGGUCGCAAUACUUGAGGACUGGGGUAACUGCUUCUGCAUCUGGGUCAGCAUACUUGGAGAUCGAGUCUCAAGAUGCAUCUGGUAGCAAAGGCAUGAAGCUCACAUGUACGGUUCAUGGGCCCAGAUCUCUACCACGAUCAGCUCCCUUCUCUCCUCACAUGGUUCUGUCCACUCACGUUAAAUAUGCCCCCUUCGCGACACGCCAAAGAAGGGGAUAUCUACGCGAUGCCAGUGAGCGCGAUCUGAGCUCUCAUCUCGAGGCAGCCCUCCGCGGAGCCCUCAUUGCGGACCGAUGGCCCAAGAGCGGAGUGGACGUCAUCGUCACCAUCAUCGAAGGAGACCAAGCCCGACAAGUGGCCGUUGAGCAAGGAAGCGAGGAGUGGGAUAUGAUGAAUGUACUGAGUGGAUGCAUCACAGUCGCAGCGGCAGCGCUCGCUGAUGCCGGUAUCGACUGUGUUGAUACAGUUUCCGGAGGAGUUGCAGCGCUGGUACCCGGUCAAGACGACAAAGAACCUCUUAUGGUGCUGGACCCGGUCCCAUCAGAGCACAAGGAGAUUCUAGCGGCCUGUUGCGUUGCAUACCUCCCCGCACGGGACGAGAUCACAAACCUAUGGCUGAAGGGCAGCCUCCCAUCAUCCGACGCCAACCUCCAUCGGGAUCUUGUCGCACGCGCGGUGCAUGCAAGCAAGGCGGCCAAUGAAGCAGUGGCAGCAUCUCUCUGUGAAUCUGUACUUGCGGGUUGA